AUAAUGGGAGGGGGUCAAUAUGUAAAGAUAAAAUCAUAAAGAGGAAUUUCAUAAAUUUUCCUUUUACAUAUAUAUGUAUAUAUAUUUACACCACCGUCGCUUGUUUUUCACUCAUUUUUCAAUUUCCUUUUUUUUAUUAUUAUUUUGCGAACAAACGAACGAAUCAGUGUCGGCUCUUGGGCUCCCAAAAUAGCGUAGACCUGACAAAAACAUUGCACGUCGGAUCCAAUCGCUACUUCCUUUAAAACGCGCGUUCAACAAACGCUAUUCCGGGAACAGUCUCGGUCCUCUCUUUCUCGGUCUCGCUUCGCUCCACUAUUGCGCGGGAUCGCUUCUUCGGCCAAUGCGCUGAACUGGGUUGCCGUCAGAAUUGCGUUUAGAGGUCGAGAUCAUUGCGGGUUGCAAGAACUGCGUUCUCAGAAUGGUAGACGCAAGAUUCAAGCAAUGGUUGAUUCUUUUGGUGUGUUUGGUCGUGGUGUUAAGCGCAGAAGCGCUAUUUGUCGACAUUACAUAUGUCCAAAAAGCCGUUGCCAAAGGGGCUGUUUGCUUGGACGGCAGUCCUCCAGCUUAUCAUCUGGACCGGGGUUCUGGUACGGGGAUCAACAACUGGUUGAUACAGCUCGAGGUUCAUUCUUUUUCCGCGGAGGAGGAUGGUGCAAUAACGUAACCAAUUGUGUUGCUCGAAUGCGUACUCACUUAGGAUCGUCUAAACAGAUGGCAAAGCAGAUUGCUUUCUCGGCCAUACUCAGCAACAGGAGGCAAUACAAUCCAGAUUUCUACAAUUGGAAUAGGGUGAAAAUCAGAUACUGUGACGGGUCAUCAUUCACUGGUGAUGUGCAAACUGUCGAUCCUGACACUAAUCUUCACUUCAGAGGUGGUCGGGUUUGGCUAGCUGUCAUGGAGGAUCUGCUAGCUAAGGGCAUGAGAAAUGCCGAGAAUGCUGUUCUGUCUGGCUGUUCGGCCGGUGGGUUAGCUUCGAUGUUGCAUUGUGACAGCUUCCGAGCUCUCCUACCAAUGGGUUCCAAAGUAAAAUGUAUUUCAGAUGCCGGGUUUUUUGUGAAUACAAGGGAUGUUUCUGGAGCUGAAUACAUCAGAGAAUACUUUAAAGAUGUGGUUACCCUUCAUGGAUCUGCAAAAAAUUUACCGCUUUCAUGCACAUCAAGGUUAAACCCUGCAUUGUGCUUCUUCCCGCAAUAUGUGGCUCAGCACAUCCGAACUCCUCUUUUCGUUCUUAACGCAGCUUACGACUCCUGGCAGAUAAAGAACAUCCUGGCUCCUCGAGCUGCGGAUCCUAAUGGAAAAUGGCAAAGCUGUCAACUUGACAUAAAGAAUUGCCAGCCGAACCAACUUAAAGUCAUGCAAGAUUUCAGGUUAGAGUUCUUGAGCGCGGUCAUAGGCCUCGGGAAAUCUUCAUCCAGAGGGAUGUUCAUCGACUCAUGCUACGCUCAUUGCCAAACCGAAUCCCAAACAUCUUGGUUCUGGCCGGACUCUCCCCGUCUAGACAGAGUGACAAUAGCAAAGGCUGUUGGAGAUUGGGUUUAUGACAGAACAUUGUUCCAGAAGAUAGAUUGCCCUUACCCUUGCAACCCCACUUGCCACAACCGGGUUUUUGCCCCUCAAGAUUCUCCACCGUUAUAGAUGAUGAUGCUGAUUCGCAUAUAUACAUAGAGAGUAAGAUUUCUAGGUUUUAGUUAUACAGAAGAAAAAGGUGUGAUUGAUCAAAGUUUUAAGAAUAAGCAGACAGAGAGCAAUUCUUCGGCACUCGCCCUUCGUGUGCUGCUUGCUCUGUUUCUCUUCCCAUUCAUAACGUGUAGUGACACAAUCUAUUUGAUUAUUUGUCCCAAUCGAAUAAUGUCAUAUUCUUUCUCAGCCAUAUCUUUUUCGUCUCUUUAA